AUGAACAAGACUUUGUUCUUGCGUAUUGUGCAUAGACUCUCCCAAGAAGUUGAGUAUUUCCAACCAAGAGAAGAUGCAGCAAUUCGACAAUUGGUGUAUGGUGGUGGGGCUGAUACCGUUGACGAAUAUGUCCGACUAGGUGAAACAACAGCUAGAAUAUGUUUGCACCAUUUUACCGCCGGAAUCAUCCAACUUUUUGGCGAUGAAUACCUAAGACGUCCCACACCGGAGGAUCUGCAAAGACUACUAUAUACUGGAGAACAACGUGGAUUCCCAGGGAUGGUUGGAAGCAUCGAUUGUAUGCAUUGGGAGUGGAAUAAUUGCCCAGCAUCUUGGAAAGGAAUGUAUUCACGAGGAACCGGAAAACCAACAAUUGUGUUGGAGGCGGUAGCUUCAUACAACCUCUGGAUAUGGCACGCUUUUUUUGGAGCUCCACGUACUAUGAAUGAUCUUAACAUUCUUGAUCGAUCACCUGUUUUUGAUGACAUUAUUAACGGAGUAGCGCCACAAGUAAACUUCUAUGUAAAUGGUAACCCGUACCAUUUGGCAUAUUAUCUCACGGAUGACAUUUAUCCGAACUGGGCGACUUUUAUUCAGUCUAUCCGACUCCCACAGAGUGACAAGCAUUCAUUAUUUGCUAAAACCCAAGAAGCUGUGCGAAAGGAUGUGGAGCGUGCCUUUGGAGUGCUGCAAGCUAGGUUUGCGGUCGUAAGAAACCCCUCUAAUUUAUGGGAUAAGGACAAAAUUGGGAAUAUUAUGAGAGCAUGUAUCGUCCUCCAUAAUAUGAUUGUUGAGGAUGAACGAUCAUCAGCCACUCAGUAUGCGGUCGAUGAAUUUCAAGAAAGAGAAGAGGUGGAUACAUUUUCCGUCAAUAUGGCUUCAAAUCUCGGCAAUUCGAUUGAUCACCGAACAAGCUUUCGGAAUAGACAAGCCCAUCACAAUUUAAAAAACGAUUUGAUUGAAAUCAUAUGGACUAAAUUUGGACAUCUUCCAAAUAACAUAUAA